UUCAUGCUGCACCGAGUUAGUUUUAGUUCGCAUGAAAAUUUAUCGUGAGACUUUUUGACACCGAAUCAGUGUGAAAAUAGUGCGAUUUUGAGACACUUUCGACACACAGAGUGACUUGUUGUCCAGAAAACCUCGUCAAUUUAUACGUAACGCACGAAAAAAGUGUGAUUUUCCACAUGAGGAGCACCUCAGAGUUCAUGGAAUAGAACACAAAAGUCACCAGUCAAAUUCAAUCAAUAGUGUUUUUUCGACACGGCGAUGAGACGCCUAAGAGCCGGGCAAUUUGAGGAAUCGUGACAACAUUUCCAAAGAAUUUUGGACAAAAAGCGCACCAGAGAAUCACAUUUGGACAGACAGCACUUUUCCGGGCCAUCAAGGAAGGAAUUCAAACGACGAAGAGAGGAAGUGAAUUGUUCUGGCGAUGAAUACGAUCAAUUUGUCAUGUGUCCUCACGAGUUUUACGCUUUUCCUCUUCACAGUGCUCUUUCAGCCAGUGAGUGGCAUCGAUUGCUUCAAGUGUGUCUCAUUCAAUGGCGCCAAUAAGGCGUGCGAUGAUCCUUUUCACAAUAACUUCUCCACCGCGAUCCUCGAGUCGCCCUGCAUGGGUGGCAGAAAAGGACGCGACGGACUCUUUCCGGCCACAUCGUGCAUAAAGAUAGCCGGAUAUUAUGACGACACUGGCGAGACGAUAACAGUGCGAGGAUGCGCCCUAGACAGUGGAACACUCACGACGGACACGGAAAUCAUCCGGAUGUCUCACUGUGGCAGAUUCUACUACGACGAGAGGUACGUUCACGGCUGCCUCCAGAGCUGCAACGACGCCGACGCCUGCAAUGCAGCUCCUCGACUCACCAACACGCCCAUCACUCUGGCUCUCAUCGCGAUAGUCCAACUCCUGACGGCGAUCCAGAGAUAGCACGUCCAGGACGUGACGGCGCUCAAUCUGUAAGAAGCACAGCCAUCGCCACCCUCCGCUUCUCAGCACUUUCACCCGUUCUCCCGGAGCUGAACUUAAUUUAUCAUGCGCCUUUCACGAAGGAGUCAAUCACAUGGGAAAGACGAGGUAUUUCGCUCUCCACUCAGCCAUGCAGGGGCGUAGUUAAGGUAGCCGGUGACAAUUGUAACGACUCUCAGUGAUUUAUAUACAUUCUCUCUUCCUUUCCGACCAAAGUUUGCCACUCAAUUCGUCAUGAAAUGAAUAGAAAAUCUGUCAUCAAUCCCAAUUUAAUGUAUAUUAAUUUGAAUUUCUCUGUCUGUGCCAUUGAAAAUGUAAGACGCUCUUUAGAAUACUUUAAUUUGUAGCAAAUUUACAACACUUAGCAAGAAAUUUAUCCAAAUAUUUAACCAUCUGAAAGUGAUAAAUACCUGAAAGUCCCGCUGUUAAAUUGUUACGGCGAUAAUUUCGCAUUGGGGUUGCAAAGGAAAUGACUAAAGAAUCUGUUUUUCAUACAUAAUAUUGGCUUUAUUUGAUUUGAAGUCCCAUAGAGUACAAUUCCAACUUGGAUUUUUCACUCAAUUACCUAUGAAUUCUCAAGCGAUUGACUUCAUGGAGGAAUUUAGAACCAUUUUUCUCGUAAUAACAAAUUUCAUUGUACUAAUCAAUCCGUAUAAAUGCAUAGGAUGAAAGUGCCUACACCUCUCACUAUUUCCCCCAAAAUAUUGUCCACAAUCUCAACAAGCCCCAAUCAUUGAAUUUCACAUAGAAAGUUUGUAUGACGCACUAUAAUAACGCUAAAGAGUUUACAUAACUGAUAGUUAAGGAGAAAAAUUACAACUCAAAGAACCAAUAUACAAUUGAACCAGUUUUUGAUAAAGGAAACAUGAUAAAUCAGGCUUUCUUCUACGUCUAAAAAUCAAUGACCAUCCACUGGAAGAAAAUAUCCUAAUCUGAUCGAGACAAAUUGUCGCAAUUAACUAAGGCAAAAGGUAAACUAGAAUUCCUAAAUUAAUGGAAAGAAAUCAAUGGCAGUCAUAUCAACCGAGUUUAAGUAUGCAAACUAUCAACUCUUAUUCCAUAUCAUGCACACAUGAAUCCUAAGUAUUAUCCUGAAAUAAGCAUAAUCGCAUUAAAACUGUGAGUGAAUAUUAACGUUCUUAAAUUUCACAUUGUAAGUACCUAUAUUGUUAAAGGAAAUUAGUGUUUUGUCCUCGAUAUUUUGAAACAUACUUCUUGGCUUUUAAUAGAUUUUAAACAUGACUAUAUUGUACACUUGAGAACUACCUUUCAUGGUAAUUUUAUCGAUGUUGAAACGAGAUGUUAUGUGAAGCACCUGUAUAUACUUCCCAAAUCACUUGAUGAAACUCAUUGAAUUAAUUAAUUUCUCCUAUUCUGCAUAAGUGAGCAUUGUUUGUCUAACGUAGACUCUUUCCUUUCGAACACAAUGCAUUUUCUCUCCUUAAGAGGAUUCAUCAAACACAAGAAAUUGAAUUAUAAAAUAAAGGAAUUAACGAUU